AUGGCUGCUGCCCAGAGAGGAAGGAAGAAGACCCAGAACCAGCGGAGACGGAAAUCCUAUGGGAGGAGGCACCAGACCAAACAGGGGAAGUCCCAGCACAAGCAAAGGAGCCAGACAAGACGAAAGCCAGCACUGAAGCAGGAGAGGAGCAGCCAUGGGAAGCAGAGCUCCUCCAAGGAGUAUGACUCCAACAAGGUGCUAAAACAGCUGAAACGAGAUAACAAGCUCUUAUCAAACAAAGCCAAAGGGCUGAUGAUCAGCUUUGUGAAUGACAUCUACAAAAGAGUGUCCAUGGAGGCCGAACGCUUGAGGAAGCAGACUCGUCGCCCUACCAUUGGCCCCACACAGAUUCUCUACAGCCAGGUCUCCAUCACAGCUGAAGACCUGAGGAAGAAGAAACAGCUCCCCGGCAUCCGCUCCUCGGAGGUGCAUGCUGCCCUGGUGCAGGUGAUGCCGAGGGAGGUGGCCAAACACUCCACCACCCCCACCAAGCCCAAGUCUACAUAG